GCGGGAACUCCUGACCAAUUGCCGUGUGAAAGAGGUGUAUCCUUUGCUAUUUAUUCUACAGUUCAACACUGCACUGUGCUCGUCUGUCGCACGUACAUCAUCUCUCCAGUUUACAAGGAGCCUUCAAGGAUUUUACUACAAAAAUGUCGAAAGAUGCCCCACGCGAGCCUGAGCAGCUUCGCAAGCUGUUCAUUGGAGGUUUGAGCUUUGAGACCACAGAUGAAAGCCUGCGGGCUCAUUUUGAACAAUGGGGGAGCCUCACAGACUGCGUGGUCAUGAGGGAUCCCAACAGCAAGAGAUCCAGGGGCUUUGGUUUUGUUACAUACUCAUCAGUACAGGAGGUUGAUGCUGCCAUGUCUGCCCGUCCCCAUAAGGUCGAUGGAAGAGUUGUUGAACCCAAACGAGCAGUUUCUAGGGAGGACUCAAACCGACCUGGUGCCCAUAUAACGGUGAAAAAGAUCUUUGUUGGAGGAAUCAAGGAAGAUACAGAGGAGUCACAUCUGCAAGAUUAUUUCCAACAAUUUGGCAAAAUCGAGGUCAUUGAUAUUAUGACGGAUCGCAAUACUGGAAAGAAGAGGGGCUUUGCCUUUGUGACCUUCGAUGACCACGAUUCAGUCGACAGGAUUGUUAUCCAGAAAUACCACACAAUCAACUCUCAUAACUGUGAAGUAAGGAAGGCCCUCACCAGGCAGGAAAUGCAGACUGCAGGAAUGGGAGCAAGAGGUCGCAGCAAUGGUGGAAGGCCCUAUGAAUAUGACCGAGGCUUCAACCAGGGUGGCAGGGGCAGAUAUGGAGAUGGACCCUACAAUUGCAAUGGAGGUGAUGGUGGCUAUGGGAGUGGUCCUAGCGGUCCUGGCGGCUAUAAUAAUGGUGGCAACCGAGGGUAUAACCAAGGCUACAACCAGGGUGGAGGCGGCGGCGGUGGCGGCUAUGGAGGAAAUGGUUAUGAUAGCAACGGCUAUGGCAACUGUGGUGGUGGAGGAGGAGGAGGAAACAACUACAACAACAUGGGCCACUAUGACCCCCAGGCCUCCAACUUUGGCCCAAUGAAGAACAACUUUGGUGGUGGUGGCAGGAACUUUGGUGGUUAUGGAGGUGGCUCAAACAGCGGAUAUGGCCGUCCAGGACGUUUUUGAAGUGUGAAGUGGACUGAGUACUUAGGAGAGGAGAGCAAGGAGAGGAGAGCAAGCGAAGUGACAGGGCAGCUGCAGGUUUACCUCCUAAAUCUGCUCAGCCAAACAGUUGUGGCAGGUUACAGCUGCUGCAAGAAGAGAUGAACAGUAGAUAAAUCAUGGAGGGUCUUCAUUUAAUCGUUUUGUGUUUUUUCAUCAAUGUGUUUCUGGAAGCAUUCCAAUGAGGUUUUAUGUAGAUUUUUCUUUAAGUCUGGUUUUUAUUUGUAACUGCGUCAAAUCAAGCUGAAAUAAACCAUCUUUCAGUUUUUUUUUUUAAAAAAAAGUCUCGUUAGCCUCUUUAGUGGUUUGGGAAAGGGAGGGUUGACUGUUAGAUGCUGCACGAAAUGGGGUUAAAGCCAACACUACAUGUGUGAGGAACUGGGGGAAAACCCAAUAUCCCUGAGAUGAAAGAAGUGCUGCACUAGUCACAACACACUCCGUAAGUCAAAGAACUUAUAAUACUGAUUGAGGAGUGGUGUACAGAUAUGGUCAUCAGAGUCCAUCACUUGGUACAGACUCUACCCUGAGUUCUGCAAAGAUCACCUGGAAGAUGCUAGCUUACAUGCAAAGUCUUUGAGGCUAGCCAUGGAAGCCAGCUGAGGGAGAGAAGUAGCAAAACCAUCGCCAGGAUCAUUGAAGCAGGGGAGAGUGAGAACAGAAGCCUGAGGCUAGCAGACAGCAGCUACCAAAAGGCUUAAGUGCUGUCUGUAGGCAACUCCACAUGGCCUCCAAAACCUGACUUCAUUUCUGUGACAAUGGCUCAAUCAGGUUUGCUGAACAAUCAUGUUGAUGCUGAAGAUCUUUAUUUGUUUUUAACUUGGAAAAACUGCUGUGCAGCGUCUCCUUUUUUUAAUAAAGUAUUUUUUUACAAAGCA